AUGGUUUUAGCCACGAAUCAGAGCAUAUCGUUUAACGACGCCUUGGCGUUCGUUCCCCGAUUCGAGGGAGCUUCAGAAGAAUUAAUCGAUUUUUGUAAAUGUUGUAAAGAAGCAAAGGAUAUAUUGCCAAAUAAAGCGGAACCAAAUCUUGUCAAAUUAAUUUACGGGGUAAAAUUGCACGAUAAAGUAAAGGCUUCACUAAAUUAUACUCUGCCAGCAACGAUUGCCGACUUAACGAACUCAUUAAAGAAAACCUAUGUCGCGUCAAAAUCAUUAAUCCAAUUACAGGGUGAAUUAAGCCAGAUAUAUCAAGAAAAGGGCGAAUCAGUCGUAGACUUCGCGAAUAGAUUAAGGAAGAAAACACGCGAAAUAGUCGAAUGUUAUCAAGUUGAUAACCCUGGAAUGGCGCUGGUCGAAAUUCAAGAGUUUAAAGAUAAAAUGAACGAAUUUCUCCGGGUCGUAUUUACUCAAAAUUUAACUACAGAAAUCGAUAGACGUAUGCCGACUUGCGCUAAUGUUGACGAAGCUUUAGCAGCAGCUAUUAAAAUAGAGAAGAAAUUAAAAGCGCGGGAACAAUUAAUGUAUAAAUCAAAGGAUACAGAACUGAAGAAAAAGAAGAAUCCCGCUAAUUUCGCCGCUGCAGCCGAUUCCGUAGGCCAGGUUAAUAACAACCAGAACCCUUCCAAAUGUGUUUGCCGGCGCUGUAAAAAAUUGGGUCAUUACGCGAAGGAUUGUCCGGAUCGAAAAUGCCAAAUUUGCUACGAAAAAGGGCACGAUGCUAAAUCAUGCCCCCAAUUAAUUCAGGGAGGGGAUCAAAACCAAUACUUCAAUAUACGAUGCCAGUUGCGUGGUGAGAAGGGACAUUCUGCAAGAUACUAUGGGUUAAAUCCAAAUAGGAUGAAUUUAAAUUCGAACCCCAGUCAAGGUCAAAAAAAUUCUAAUAACCAAAGGGGGUUUAACAACAGGAAUAAUAAUAGCAACAACGAAAAUUCAGGAGGUGGCUGUGAAGUGUGUGGGAUGAACAAUCAUUCAUCAGAAAAUUGUAGAUUGCUAAGAACGAUAAAUUUUAUUCAAGGAAACGCGAGUCAGUCUUCUUCGGAGGGCGCAGGGGAAGACACGAGAAACACACAUCCUGUACACACAAUACGGAGUUUAAGGGUGGAAGAGGAUUCCGAGUAA